AUGGCUUUGGUUUGGGCUUGGGCCCGGGGGCAAAUUCCCCCACGACACGGCGGCCCAGUGAAGAAACCGGCGGGGCAGCGCAAGCAAGGGGAGGCAAACCAUUUUUAUUUUUUAUUUGAUACAGUAUAAUGCUUAGUAUGCAAAAACCUUUGAAAACGCCUUUGCACCCCUCUCGAUCACGGCGGCUUAGGUUUGAUUGAUCUGCAGUGCCCCGGCGCCUAGCGAUCGAUCACGCCAAGUGGGAUUUCAAGCUCCGGACCCCGGACGGCUGUUUCAUCCGCCACCUCUUCGACAUCCGCAUUCGACUCCAGGCGGUGAACCAGGGCACCUCCUUCACCUUGUACAGGCCGGACCCAACCAGCAUCGUCGCCGGUGGAUCUGGAUCUGGUGGGCAUGCUUUUGCCAUCCUCCCCCAAAGUGCGACCAUGCGGCGAGAAAGACGAGGAGUCACCUCAACGUUGGGUCCGCGACUCCGAAGCCUGGGCGUCGGUGA